GCGCGAAAUAUUUAACAGUCAGUUUCACUCGUACUGUUCUGUGUGACUACAUUUAUAUGUUACUUUUGUACUGUAUUUACUUAAUUAAAGCGUAUUUAAGUCAAAAUGGACUGUGUGGAUUUCCCAAGAGUUCUGCCAAAUUCACCAAGGAAAGCACGGGGACAAAUUCAGAUCAUCUUUGGACCAAUGUUUUCAGGCAAAAGCACUGAAUUGAUGAGGAGAGUGCGCAGGUUCCAGAUAGCCCAGUACAACUGCUUGGUGAUCAAGUAUGCAAAAGACACUCGUUAUUCUGACGCAGGCGUGGCAACACAUGACAAAAACAUAAUGGAAGCUGUACCAGCCAAUCGUCUUGGAGAGUUGCGGCCUCAGGCAUUACAAGCCUGUGUCAUUGGAAUAGAUGAAGGACAGUUUGUAAGUUUUUCAGACACAGUGGAGUUUUGUGAAGAAAUGGCCAAUUUAGGGAAGAUAGUCAUUGUAGCUGCCUUGGAUGGAACCUUUCAGAGAAAACCCUUUGGAAAUAUCCUGAACCUCAUCCCUCUAGCGGAGAGCGUGGUGAAGCUCCACGCCGUCUGCAUGCAGUGUUACAAAGAGGCUGCCUACACCAAGAGGAUAGGAGCAGAGAAGGAGGUGGAAGUGAUUGGUGGAACUGACAAGUACCAGGCGGUGUGUAGAAAGUGUUACGGAGGUCUGGUGGUGCAAAAAGAGAACAGCGCUCCUUUCAAGAUCGAAACUCCACAAAACACCUACGGAGGAAAAGUUGUGGACUCUGCGUUUCCCAGGAAGCUUUUCUCCUCUCUCCAACUUUGAGCAAAAAAAAGACUUACUGCAAAAGUUGAGCAGUGGGAACAAAUCCUGUAAUCAAUUGUUUGUGUAUGUUGCGCAUUGGAGUGGCUUUCCUUAAAUCUAAAUGUUUUUAUGUUAUUUUAAGGUGCCUCUAAGUUACUGCUAAAUAACUACAUUUGAACAUAAUAAUGUAUUUCCUUUGUUGGUAUUAGGUGUUGUAUAGGUGCAUGUAUUUUUGUUUUUUCAUAAUAUAAAGUUGCACUUAAAUGGACGUAAACAAUGAUUUAAGCAACUUAUUAACUUUCAUAGGUUUAACUACUCUGUGGUUUUAAUAUGCAGUUUUAGUUUCUUUCAACAUCUUUAUCUUAAGCCUGCCUAAUGUAAGAUAUUAAAUUAUUUUGUUGAACUAAAUGUAUUGUGCAUGUGAAAUCCAGUGGUGGUUUCUUAAUAAACUUAAAUUAUGCUUA